AUGUCGUUUGACACCGAAGUCCUGAUCAUCGGCGCAGGCAUGAGCGGCCUGGGCCUCGCCGUGCAAAUUACGCGGAACUACGGCAUCAGGAACUUUGAGCUGGUUGAGAAGAGUGAGGAUGUCGGUGGCACGUGGCUGGCAAACACAUAUCCUGGCUGCGGAUGCGAUGUUACUUCGCAUUUCUACUCGUACAGCUUUGCGCUGAAUCCAAAUUGGAGUCGCAAGUACUCGAUGCGGCCAGAGAUCCAGGUGUAUUUCCGGUCUGUGGCGGAGCAAUACCGUGUCGUGGAGCAUGUGCGGUUUCACUCCAUGGUGGAAAAGGCAGUGUGGAAUGAGCUUGACAGUGUGUGGGAGGUUACUGUUGUGAAUUUGACGACGAAAGAGCGGAUGGUUCGACGUGCAAAGAUAUUGGUUUCGGGUGUUGGCUCGCUGUCUGUGCCAAAGCCUUGCGAUAUAUCAGGCGUUGAGCAGUACAAGGGCAGGCUGUUCCACUCUGCUCAAUGGGAUCAUAGCUUCGACUGGAAAGACAAGGACGUUGUUGUUCUUGGCAACGGCUGCUCAGCAACCCAGUUUGUCCCUAUCAUGGCCAACGAGCCAAAUCCCACCCGCAAGCUUGCCCAGUUCGCACGGCAAGCACAGUAUCUCUCUGAGCGCGAGAACUCGCACUACUCGGGCACGUUCAAGGCCAUGAUGCGCUACCUGCCGUUAGCAAUGCGUUUGUACCGCGCGAAGCUCUACUACGAAAUGGAGCGCGACUUUGGCGCCUUUGAUACUGACACGGGGCGCGGUCUACGUCAGAUGUUGGCAAAGGAAAAUGCGGGCUACGUGAAGAAGAUGGCUCCUCGAAAAUACUGGGAUGCGCUGAUCCCAAAGACCGAAGUGGGGUGCAAGAGGAAAGUCCUGGACACCGACUAUCUCAAGACUCUGUGGAGAGACAACGUCGAGCUUAUUUCUGACGACCCCGUGGACCGCAUUACCGAGACGGGCGUUGUAACACAGUCAGGACGAGAAGUGCCAGCCGAUGCGAUUAUCCUUGCAACGGGCUUUGCGACGCAGCAGAUGUUGUUCCCGAUGGAAAUCACUGGCCGUGACGGCAUGAGCCUGGGACAAUACUGGGACAAGACGUCCAAGGGCGUCGCGCAAGCCUACUUCGGCACCGUGGUCCCGCAUUUCCCCAACUUCUUCAUCCUCAUGGGCCCAAACACCGUCACGGGCCACUUGAGCGUCAUCUACACAGUCGAAUGCCAAAUCAACUUUACUCUGCGUCUGCUUGAUCCCAUCCUCAAAUCGCUGCCGUCGUAUCGAUCGCGGUCUUGGUUUCCACGGGCCCUUGCGCCGCCAACUGCUACCGUCGAGGUCAGGCAUGAAGCCGCGAUUGCAGACUCGCAGUGGACGCAAGAAGCGGCUAGGAAGCUCGUAUGGGCAUCUGGAUGUGUGAAUUGGGCCGUUGACCCCAAGACGGGGCUGAACAAUAUGAUGUAUCCUGAUUGGCAGUUCCUCUUCUGGCUCAGAAGCAUUUUCUGGAAGAAGAACGACUUUGUGUAUCGCGAGGAGGAAACGGGGAAGGAAUUUAAUCCGCGGGCGCGCAAGACGCUCGUGUGGCUGGUGACUGCGGUGGCGCUUGCGAGUGGCGCUUUCCUUGGCCGGGAUUGCGUUAACGGUGAAGUGGUGAGGCGUUUUGCGAGGUUUGACGCGCGAGGCAUAGUGCGUAGAUUGACGGCUUAG